AUGCAAAUUACACCAAUAGACAUAAUAGCUACUCAAGUAACACCGCCACCGUUACAACCACAGACAAGUUCUCAAACUUUACCUACUAAUAAUCAGUUAAAUACUACGAAUGAUAGCUCUGUUAACAAACCUGCUAAUAAUGUUAGUGCUGGAAAUACCAAUAUUUUACAUGGUCUAACUUCAGAUAAUAAUAAUAAUAAUAAUAAUAAUAAUAAUAAUAAUAAUAAUAAUUGUAAUAAAAAUAACGAUAACACUGCCACUUUUACUUCUACAUCUAAUAAAAAUAAUGGAGAGGUAAAAGUUAAAAGAAAACGUAGAAGAAUUCCUUUAAGCUGUACAAUUUGUAGGAAAAGAAAGAUCAAAUGUGAUAAGAAACGUCCACGUUGUGAACAAUGUACUAAGAGUGGUGUAGGACAUUUAUGUCAUUAUAUGGAACAGUCUUGGGCUGAACAAGCAGUAAAGGAUCUAUCUAAAGACAUGGAAUUGAAACAGCUAAGAGAAAGAGUGAAAUAUUUAGAAAGAACUCUAAACAAAUUACAUGGAAAUUCCGCUUCAAAUUUUGAUGGUGCCUCAUGUGGACAAAGUUCACCUAAUUUGAUCGGACAAAGUCCUCAUGCAGAUAACAUUUUAGAGAAUAAUAGUAAUUCUAAUAGUAGUUCUAAUCUUGUUGAAGGUAUUCAACAUAUUACUUCUGUUGCUAAUGAAAAUACAGAUUUCAAUAAAAGUGGUGGCAUAAGUGGUAAUGUGUCACGUUCUGAUGAAUUGAUUCUAAAUCAAAGAGGUAAGUAUGAUAAUGAUGAAUUGGAUCUUACUAAGCAGUUCGAUAUGUUGCAUAUUAAGAAUAAUGGUACAAUCCAUUUAGGUGCAACACACUGGUUAGCUAUAAUGAAAGGUGAUCCAUAUUUGAAAUUAUUAUGGGGGCAUAUUUUUAAUAUUAGAGAGAAAGUUAAUGGUUGGUAUUCUCAAAGAAUGAAGUUCAACAAAAACAUUCAAAAUAAAAGAUCAUUGAAACAUGCUACCAAACACUUAAUGGAUAAUAAUGGUGGUAUUGGAAAGAGUAUAGUAGCCAAUACACAAACUAAUCCAAAUGUAAUCUUACAUCCCCUAAAUUUGAGUGCCGAUAAAUCUAUAAAAAGGUGUCCAGUUACUGGACAAACUUCAGAAGAUUUUGCAAAAAUAUCAGCUAACAUGUCUAACACUGCCGUAAAAUCUGAGGAAAAAUCUAAUCAAAAUGUACCUUUGGUAAAGUCAAAUGAUCUAGAUAACGUUAUGAUAAAAAGUGAAAAAGCAUGUUCCGAUAGUUUACCCUCCAAUGAGAAACAACCAAUGAGAUGUCCAGUAACAGGUGCUGUUGCUAUCUCUAGUCCAUUGGCAUCACACUCUUUUGUGCCCACAUCAACAGCAGCUUACAUUCCAAAACAAGAAACUAGAAAACGUCCUAUACCAUAUAAUAUAAAUCCUGCUGUUAAUCAUGCCGCAAAGGCAACAUUGCCCCCAAUUAAUAAAAUACAUCCAACUAAUUUUAAAAGACUUGAUUAUGGUUCAAUGACCCGUAAGGAGAUUUUACAAAGAGUUGCAAGAUUAUUACCACCAAGACAUAUCAUCUUCCAAUUUGUUAACAAGUUUUUCAGACAUAUUUAUCCAAUUAUCCCGAUUAUAGAUGAGAAAAAUUUUAAAAACCAUCUAGAAGAAAUUUUGAGUUCACAGGUAGAGGCAUUGACGGUCGAUCCAUCACCAUUAAAAAUAAGAGUUAGCAAACCAUCUGACUAUUGUCAUUUGGGUAUUAUGGUUUUAAUCUUAAGGCUUACCUGGUUAUCACUUCCUGCAAAUAGAUGUGAACUAAAAUUAGGCGCAUUCGAGUCUAAUAGUGUAAGUAACCCAGCAUCUCCUGCGUCCAUCUCGUCCACAUCUUCUUCGCCAUCUGCUAAUAUGAAAGAAGACAAUAUGCUUUUCAAUUAUGAAACUCCAGUAGAAUGUUUGGAAUUAGUUAAGGAUUACUUAAUAAAAUUUGAUAAAAUAUCUUCGUUAUCUAAUAACAAUAUUAAUUUAACAACCAUUCAGUUUGCUAUAUUUUACAAGAUGUAUAUGAGUAAUUCUCCAACAGAAGGUUUUGUAGUUCCAAAGAAGAAUGCUGUUAAUAGUAUUAGUGACUCGAAUGCCCAUGAUAAUGAAUCUAAUCAAAUUCUCAUGUCUUCUAUUGUGCAAAUGGCGUUCAGUUGUGGGUUACAUAGAGAUCCCGAUAAUUUCCCCCAAUUAAAUGUUGUUUCUACUUAUCAUAAUAAGGAAAGUGGCACUACUUUGAAGGAGGCCACUACAGAAGUAUCUAGUAAUGAAAAUAGUGAUGGUGAUAUUAAGAAUAAAGAAAAUCAAAUUGCAAUAGAAAGAUUCAAGCAUACUUGGAGAAAAAUUUGGUAUUAUAUUGUUCACCUAGAUGUUGAACAAUCUCUUGCGAUUGGAUCCCCAAGAUUACUAAGAAAUAUGAAAGAAUUUAGUGAUACCAAACUACCAUCUGCAUCAAAAAUUGAUUAUGUACGUGACAUUAAGGAACUUAUUAUUAUUAAGAAUUUUACUUUGUUCUGGCAAAUAGAUUUAAUUAUUAUUGCUGUGUUGAAUCAUGUUUUAAAUGUCUUCUUGGCUAAAAAUGUCAGAAAGUAUGAAUUAGAUGCUUUAAUUGAGAGCUUAAAAGACUUAACGUAUGGAAAGAAAAAUAUCAGAGCUAUUAUUAAUGAUUUAAUUAAUAAAAAUUUAUUAUAUACUUCUGAAGCGUCUGUCAGUUUUGAAGAUCAUGUCGAUGAUAGUUAUGGGUUACCAAGUUUGGAAGAUAUAUUAUUACGUGAAGCUGUCUCAACUCCAAAUUCUACUGCUAAUACACCUGGGCCCUCUACUUAUGAUGCUGCAAAUACUUUUAAUAAUAAUAGUGAAAAGAGAUUCGAAUUACCACAUGAGUCAACUACAAAGGCUUUAUUUUUUACUAAACAUUUAAUGUUGAGGAUGGUUUUAUAUUUAUUAAAUUAUAUUUUGUUCACUCAUUAUGAACCUUUAGGUUCUCAAGAUAGUGGAACUAUCGCGUUAACAAAGAAAUAUGCACAAGAAACUUUAAAUUUUGCGUUAGAUGGAUACAGAAAUUGUCUAAUUUUCUUUAAUAAUGUAAGAAAGACAUCGCACGCUUACUCUACUAUUUUUGAUUACAGUAAUGUGUUGUUAUCUCCAUGUUGUUUAGAUAUUGGUCAUCGUUCACUACAAUUCCUUGUGUGUUUAACUCUACGUGCUAAAUGUGGUCCUAUUGGAGGCAUUAAUCAAAAUUUAUUCACCAGUAGUGGAAGUGAAGAAUCUGAGGGUGAUUCAAACGCAGAUGACAUUCCGCAGAGUAAAGCUAUUGUGAAAAAUCUUUCAGAGAUCAAUCCAAACGUUAUUAAUGAUAUAAAUUUGGAUAGUGUAACAGACAUGCAAUUAAGUGAAAAUCUGAUUGCAAGAAUGAAACUCUUUGAAGAUUUGACAAGACAAGUUGCAGUUAAAUAUCCUUAUGCUAGUAGAACAUCAAGAUCUACUGGUUUUUUUAUUACUUUGUUAGGAGGAAAUUCAUCAACCAAAAAGAAUACUCCUAAUGGUACAAGAUGGAAACAUCCUAAUAUUUCUAACUUCUUUAAGAAUGUUCCAUCUAUGGUAUUAUCAGGUGAGAAUGACCAGUUAUCAAGAUGUCCAGUAUUUCAAGAUGCACUAGGUUUUGUCUCACCAAAACCACCUGGAACAUCAGAUUCUACUAAAUUGCCACCAAUAAAGUCUACAUAUAAACCGAUUACAUAUACUAAUAGUAAUAUAAGGAAGUUAGAAAGCAACAAAGAACAGCAGAACGAAAAGAGAAGGAAGUUAAAUCCAUAUGAAUUGGAUAAUGAAAAGAGAAGUGCAAGUAGUGUAGAUUUGCAUAAUUCAAAUAAAGUUGCUGAAACAGCUUCCAAUGGAAUUAUUAUGUCAAAUAGUGGUGUUAAUAUUAUACCACCAUUACCUAUAAUGAACUCGAUUAAUAAUUUGGUUGAGACAAUGGGAACUCCAAAUGGCAUAGCAAACUCCACUAAUGAUAUAAAGGUUAGAAGCGUUAGCAAUAAUAUUGACAAUGUCAAUCAAUCAAACGCAGGAUUGGCAAAUCGUCAAUAUGUUAGAGAUGCUAAUGUUGUGGACAAUAACGGAAAUGGUAAUGGUAAUAGUAAAGGUCAAGAGCAGACACAACAAUUUAUUCCAAUGUCUCAGGGUCAAGGUUCCUUGGAUUCUACAUCUAGUACCCCAAUAAAUAUUCCUUUGGCUCCAUCUAAAUCAACAGGGAAUAUAGUUGAUCAAAAUGAUACAAUUAGUAGUAUGAUGAUGACUGGUAAUGGAUUUCCAGAUAUUAAUAAUAUAGACUUAUUGAAUGAAGUUGUUGGCAACGAUAGUAAUUCUAAUAUGAAUGAGUUAUUCAACCCAAGUAACGUUAUUCAGGCUAUUACACAGUUUAAUCCAUUAUUUGGAAUGAACGACAUGAAUAAUCCUUAUAAUGUUAACGGAUUUGAUAGUAAAAGGAACAGUGGUACUCCUAAUCAUGCUGGUGGUAUAAACACUAGUGGCGCAAAUAACCCAGUGUCCCCAUAUGGAGGAAGUAUUACAAGUACUAAUAGUAACACUAAUUACAAGCCUUCAAUUCCAACUAUGGAUAAUCUAUAUCCUAGCAUAAAUUCCAAUACUAAUAAUGCUAAUCUUAAUGUUGGCAAUAAUAUAAAUAGUUUUAAUAUUCAGAGUGGUAUUGUUCCUGGAAUAAAUAUGAUGAAUAAUAACGGCAAUACACCAUCAGUAGGGUCUCAAGGUCAGGUAGAAAUGGACUUCUUCAUGUCACGUAUUGAAGAUGGAUUUACUGAUUUACAAGAUUUUACAAUUUGGGAUUAA